ACUAGAGAAUUAUGUGUAUUUUAUUAGCUUGAUUUAGCUUGAGUUUUCCCUCUCGGGGUCCCUUCUAUUUAUACAUGGAUUCUAGACAAUUAAGGUAUGGCAGGCGAACAGAAGAAGAAAAAGGUUAGAGGUGCAGGGAAGUGCGAGAAGUUGUAUAAGAGGAGGAGGGAGGGUCACCCGCCUAUAGAGCUUGAGUGGGAGGGUGGGGAGCCUGCUAUGAGCGAAAAGAACAGGGAUAUACAGAAGAAGAAUCCUUAUCCGCACUUUAUGGGCCGGGAUGGAUAUGCCAUGCUUCAGCGUGAGUUGGUUGCUUCUCAGGCCACCACUUCUGCCGAUAUCGCUGGUUCGUCUACCGAGACGGGUUCUCAGCUCGGACGGGAAGACUCUUGGUUGCGAGGUCACACCCCGGGCAGGCAGCUGGAAGUUACAGACCCUCCACUGAUGGAGAUUCGUGAUAGGAUAGUCCAGCUGAAAAAAGAGGUCGUAGCCGUUACCUUUGUGCCAGAUGGGCACAAUGUUGUACUGACUAGAGCUUUAGGGACUGCUGAGCACCCGGGGCGGACGAGGGGUGUUGGGUCAUAUUCGGGCUUAUGUAAAGUUUUCAAAGGCAACAUGAAGCCUCGUAAGCCCGAAGACUUUGCAUCCAUGUCGCAGCACACACCUUCUGUUGCACCUCAUUAUGGGCAGCGUAGUAGCAAGGCGCCUACAGAUUUCGUUGACUUCACCGAUCUCACUGAUGUUGCUUCGUUUUACUUGAGGAUCUCUGAUCCAGCCGAUUAUAUAGUGGCACAUGGAUCGAUUUUCCCACGUGUACUGGGAGAUGUGGUGCACGGUGUUCCUAUAUCCCCUCCUUCCCCACCAGAGACUGUGGCCGAUUGCGAGGGGAGCUUCGUUGCAUGGCCAAAGUCGUUGGUGGGCCUUGGAGAUCCCCCGUACACACGGCUCGACAUGGUGACUUCUCAUCAAGCAAAUCUUUUCCUAUUCUCGGCAUAUGCCCCACUGCUCCUCCUAGCUCUCCCGUACAGGAUGUUGUUGACCGGAGCUCAUACGUCUCUUUCGGGCCGAGGUGUAGAGAGUUGUGUCAGUGGAUGACACGCACAUCUUCUUUGCCUACCAUCAGAGUCAUUCUCGAUCCCGAGAGCAUGCUCAUCUGCAGGAGACGGAGCUGAGCAUGUGUUCGGAGAAUAUACGUGAGUUCAUGCGAUGGGAGGAGGUCGAUUAGACCAUCAUCAUUGUUUUCUUGAGGUAUAUCAAGAACUACGUACGAAUAAAUUACUAUUGUAAAU